AUGGCAACUGAGAGUCAACAAGUCGGCGGAAGGAUCGAUCCUAAGGCGUUCAAUGCUGCAGUUACAGUUGCAGUAAUGCAUUCAAGGAUCCAUCAACUACUCUGUCGAACAACUGAGAGACCCAGCCUUAGAGAAGUUCUACCCAGAGAAGUUCUCAGUAGUAUUACACCCGAUGGGGAAAAUACUCUUCUUCAUUUGGCUGCUAGUGUAGGAAAUCUUAAAUUCGUUGAAGAGCUUUUGAAACUCAAUCCUCCGCUUGUGAAUGCUAUCAAUGCCGAACAGGAUACACCGCUGCACUUGGCUGCUCAGGGAGGUUUCUCCGAUGUCGUGAACGCUCUACUAGAAUCAAAAGAUAGUGGUGUGGAUGUCCGCAACAAGCGCAAGGAGACGGCUCUCUUCAAAGCUUACGAAAGCGGUAAUUUAGAGACAGUGGAGGCACUAUUUAAGGCAUAUCCACCGAGUCUACUCAAAAGGACCGCAGAUAAGAGAACCUGUUUAACUGUUGCAGUAAACAGAGGAGAUUCAGGUAAUUGGCUGUAG